UUCGCCCGUCUACCGCCUGAUCAGCUCUCCCGAUCUUACUAUUCCCACUAGAAGUGUCCUUACUGUUCAGAUUGGGAUUCCAAGCCUGAUCGAGAAAUGGAAGCAAAGGUUCGACUUCCUGACGUGGACGUAACCGGUUCCCAAGCCAAUUGUUUCCGAUCAUCACCCAGAACCACAUGCUGCGCUUCUUUUGAGGACGGUGCAGGUACUGUUUUGGGUGCCACUGCUGGGAAUUCUCUUAUCCUUCUUCGAGCCAACACUGGCGACACGCUGAAUAACACUGCCCUGACGUCGUUAGUGGGGUUCGUCGCGUGGCGUGUCUUUGAUGCUUACGCUCUGGACGUGUCGACGACAUCCUCGCCGAAGUUCCUACCUCGGAUCUCCAUCGCCAGCACGGGCUUAGGCAACUUGAAGAGUACUCGUCCCAUGCUAAAAGAUCUCUUGUUCUUCAUCUACGCUUCAUCUCCCGUUUUCUCCUCUUCCUCCUCCUCCUCCUCCUCCUCCUCCUCCUUCUGAUCCUCUUCGACAACAGGUCUUUCAGAGAGGUCGAAAGUAAUGGAAUCAAGUCUCUGGUCGACAGGACGGUCGUGCUCCAUGUCUACGAUAAGGGUGUCGGCGAUGCCACGCAGUUCGUCCAUGAACUUAUCCGCUUCGUCAUUUUCGCCGG